GUGGAGGUAAAGACGGGUGCAGGCAAAUGAGAGGAACAUGGUGUGGUGGGAACGCUCGGAUGAGAACUGUCAGCUGAAAAAGAGAAGAGAGCAAGAAACUCAGAUGUUCGGACAGACAGAGGAAGUUCGUUCCACCACUUGGGUGCCAGUACAGAGAAGAGCCUUGAUGCUGAUGCUCGUCUUCCUCGAGUCCUGGGUGGAAGAUCAAGUCGGGCGAGACUAGUGGCUCGGAGGUUGCGUGGUACAGAGCGGGGUUUGAUCAGACCACGAAGAUAAUCACUAAGAUGAUGGAUGCACUGUCGGUAGUGACCCAGCUGCGAGAUCUGGCAUCCGAGCCUCAGAAUCGAGAGACUAUAGCACAGGAUGAGGGCUGCUUACCUGGGCUUGUUUUGUUCCUAGACCACAAAGACUCUCAAGUAGUUUUUACCACUUUGCAGACUCUGAGAUAUCUGGCAGAAUCGCCUAAGAACGUCAGCGCCAUGAAGAAUGAACUUGGCAUGAUGGUGAGCCUAGAGCUGCUGAUAGAAAAGACUGGACUCAGUGUGGACAUUACAGACCUUGCUAAAGAGGUGCAUGAAGUUUUAAGUGCUCCAUCGAGGACAGACACUUUUAGAACUCCUGAGCAGCAGAUGAGGAGGAAUAAACCUCAGUUCUUCAUCAACAGUUCCAACAAAAAGGCCAAAACGGUCACGCUACACAUACAGGGCUUGGAUGGGACUGACCAGCGAGGUGUUUGUGAGGAUGCGCUCCUGAAGGUUAAAGGCGUAAUCAGCUUCACUUUCCAGAUGGCUCUCAAGAGGUGUACAGUACGUGUCCGAGCCGACCUGCCCACUGAGAGUCUGACUUCAGCCAUUGCUGGCACCAAACUGCUUUCAGCUCAGCAGGUGGUGAAGAAUGAGAGGGGUGAGGAGGUUCUCGUCCCUCUCUGUACUACAGAAGCUCACAUAGAGGAGAACCGUCACCUGCCAGAUUAUCUACCCGAGGAUGAAAGUCCCGAAACGAAAACAGACCGGGCCAUAUCACGCACCGCCGCCAAACAGGACGCCAGCGGGAGCUGGUUAAGCUCAGCCGCCAGUUUUCUCACUAAAACCUUUUACUGGUGACGACUGGGACUGUACUGUACGUUAAUAACAGAACUACUACAGGACCGGAAAGGGAGACAAGAACUUUUAUAAUGACUGAACACCAAACUGCUUGUGUUGGAUACACACUGUCCCGAUAUCCUAAUGUCGAGCAGUAAAUCAGUCAUUCUGGGUUGUAUUUGAUGUCUAUACAUUUACAUUUCCACAUCUUUCUUUGUUGUACCUCUGUUUGUCUUUGUAUAUGUGAUCGUUUUGGUUUUGCUGUAAAUAUAUACCUGUUGUUUGUCCCUAUGUUUAUCAUUUCUAACCUAAAAAAGAUGGUUUCUUAAUAAAGGACGUGAUGUGUAUUCA